AUGGACAACGCCAUAUCAUACGAACGAUCGAUCAAGCGACAGGCGCAGAUUCAGACAUCCACCACGGCCGCUGAAGAAGCGGAAGAAACGUAUAAGCAGGCUCGUUCUAUUGAAAAGUACCUCCUCUCUCUUCUCUCUAGCCAAAUCUUCCCUAUUUUCCUACAGCAAACUGCUAACUACAACCUCCAAAUUAGACUCACAGUUGUUGCAUGGAUCUACAUUCCGCUAAGCUUCUCCGCGAGCUUCUUCGGGAUGAAUGUCGCCCAGCUCAAUGAUAGUGGACCUAAUAUUGGAUACUAUUUUGUACUUCUUGCGAUAUCAUUGCUUAUCUCCGCGGGAACGGCAAUCUUGUAUACGGAAUGGUGGAGGCAUGUGGAGUUUGCGUGGCGCGAGUGGAUUCAACCUGGGCAUGAUUGUCACCCUCGGAAGUUAUCGGUUGCGCAUCUGCUUUGGGGUACGGUUCGAUGGGUUUUUAUGAAGAAGAAACUAGUUGGCGUUUCUCGUAGAGCAAAGCGAAGGAAUGCAGGGGGAAAGAACAGUGGUGCUGUUUAG